AUGGGGCGCCGUGAUACCCUUUGCUACCCAACCUGGGUGCUGCUUAGCGUCCUGCGGGCCGACGCGCUGGGUCCUGCUGCCCCGGAGGGUGUGGGCUCUGACUUGUUCUCUUUGCUGGUGGGGCUGCAGCAUUUCCUGUGUUACACCUGCCAGGAGUACGUGGAAGAUCUGGCCAAAAUCCCCAGGAGUUUCUUGCAAGAGGCAAAUGUCACCCUUAGAGUGAUUGGACAGUCAUCCUACCAUCAUAUUGAGCCUUUCUGCAAACUGACUGGGUAUUGUCAUGAAAUCUACGUUGAUCCUGAGAGAGAAAUUUAUAAAAGAUUAGGAAUGAAAAGAGGUGAAGAAGUUACCUCCUCAGGACCGAGCCCCCAUGUAAGGUCAAACAUACUCCCAGGAAGCAUGUGGAGCCUGUGGCGGGUGGUGACUGGCCCUCUCUUUGGUUUCCAAGGAGACCCAGGUCAGCAAGGUGGGACCCUCAUUGUAGGUCCAAGUCACUACAUCCAUUUUAUACACCAUGACAGGAAUAGACCGGAUCACAAACCCAUCAACUCUGUUUUACAGCUUGUAGGAGUCCAGCAGGUGGACUUCACAGGCAGACCUUCAGUCAUCCAUGUGUGACAGACAGACUGUCACUUUCAGAUGGACCCUGAGACAUGGCGCGGAAUGUCGGAGUGUAUCCUUGUGCAGUGUCUACUCUGUCAGCCCUUGAGGAGUUCUGAAAACAUAGAGACAUGUACCCCUUGAACCACAUGCUGAGAGGCAUUGAUUGUCAAAAAUGUGAUGUAUAUUUAUAAUUUUAUGGCUUUUAAAGUUUUAAACAAAAUUUUAUUUAUAC